AUGGCCAGCGCCGCGGCAGCAGCAGCAGCGGCGGCAGCCGCCGCCGCAGGCUCGGCCCCGAGCGAGACGCGCCCGUCGCAGGGCCCGACCUCGUCGCGGCCCAGCUCGUCCUCGGCCGCCGUCCACCUCGAUAUGCCGCCGUCCGCGUCGACAGUGGCAGCCCGCGGCAACCUCGGCGCUGCCGAGUCCCGUCGCCCCAGUCUCGCCCGCGCAAAAAGCGACUUUGGGCCUCGACAGCCGGCACAACAGCCCCAGGAGCCCGCCGACGAGGGCAGCGUCGACGGCCACUUCAAGAUCCGCCAUGGCUGGGACGACCAAUUGAACUCGGAAGAGUACAGCAACAUGCUGACCUCAAACUUCUUCAUGUACUACACGGACAAGAAACACGAGACGGGCGGCCAUCCAAAGGGCGAGGUCGGCGCAUCGACCGUCCAGGAAUGGCGCAUGCGCGACCGUCUGAAGACCGUCUCUGCCGUGCUGGCUCUUUGCUUGAACAUCGGUGUCGACCCGCCCGAUGUCAUCAAGACCAACCCAUGCGCAAAAGAAGAAUGCUGGAUCGACCCCACGGUGACCUCGCAGACUCCAGGGCACACCCCCAUGAACCAGAUCGGCAAGGCGCUGCAGACACAGUACGAGCAGCUCAGCAUGCGCACGCGGUACAAGCUCCUGCUCGACCCUACUACGGAAGAGACGAGAAAAUACGCCUCCACCCUGCGACGCAACGCCCGAAACGAACGGGUUCUGUUCCACUACAACGGCCACGGGGUGCCGAAGCCCACUUCUAGCGGAGAGAUUUGGGUCUUCAACAGAAACUACACGCAGUACAUUCCUCUCUCGCUGUACGACCUGCAGAGCUGGAUCGGCGCGCCUAGUCUGUUCGUCUACGAUUGCUCUGAUGCUGGUCUCAUCAUCAGCAACUUCAACAGGUUCGCCGAGAAGCACCAAGCCGAGUUCGAGGAGGCACGACGCCGCGACCCCAACGUCGAGCACGUCGACUUUGGCGACUGCAUUCAUCUAGCCGCCUGUCGAGAGAGGGAAUCGCUGCCCACGAACCCGGAGCUGCCUGCAGAUGUCUUCACCUCGUGCCUGACAGAUCCCAUCACUAUGGCUGUGCGCUUCUUCAUUCUCCAAAAUCCUCUUCCCACCAAAGUCAGCCUACGAGACGCGCACAACAUCCCCGGCAAAGUCUCGGAGCGUCGAACCCCUAUCGGCGAACUCAACUGGAUCUUCACAGCCAUUACCGACACCAUUGCGUGGAAUUCCCUGUCAAAGCCACUCUUUAAGAAACUCUUCCGCCAGGAUUUGAUGGUGGCGGCACUCUUCCGCAACUACCUGCUGGCACAGCGAAUCAUGCGCGUCUACCACUGCAACCCCGUCUCGCAUCCUGAGAUACCGCAGACGCACGACCAUCCCCUGUGGCGAAGCUGGGACCUCGCUGUCGAGCUGAUCCUAGCUCAACUCCCCGACUUGCAGGCUGAAGCUCGAGGCGAGAAAGAGUACAUGUACAAGCACUCGGAAUUCUUCUCGGAACAACUCACUGCCUUUGAGGUAUACCUCUCACAAGGGGCCGUGGAGCAGAAGAUACCCGAGCAGCUCCCCAUUGUGCUCCAGGUCCUGCUGAGCCAGGUCCAUCGGCUGCGCGCUCUCAUCCUCUUGUCAAGCUUCUUGGACCAUGGACCCUGGGCCGUCAACCUUGCCCUCAGCAUCGGCAUCUUUCCAUAUGUCCUGAAGCUUCUGCAGUCCCAGGCGAACGAACUCAAGCCUGUCAUGGUCUUCAUCUGGGCCCGCAUACUCGCCGUCGACUCGUCGUGUCAAGCCGAUUUGCUCAAAGACAACGGUUAUCAGUACUUUAUCAACAUCUUCAACCCUAGCUCAGGUAACUCCCAACCCGCUAACGUUACUGUCAAACCACUUACGGGGCUAGGUAUUCCUAUCCAGAAUGCGAGUGAACAUCGAGCGAUGUGUGCCUUCAUCAUUUCCAUGUUCUGCAAGGACUACAACCAGGGCCAGCGUGCAUCGCUCAGCACAGAGCUCGUCGAGAGCUGUCUGGACCACUUGAAGGACAUGGCCAACCCUUUGCUUCGACAAUGGUCCUGUCUCUGUCUGAGCAAGCUCUGGAUCGACUACGAAGAGGCCAAGUGGGUCGGUAUUCGUUGCAUGGCCCACGAACGUCUCUGCGAACUGGUCAUGGACCCGGUCGCUGAAGUACGGGCCGCGAUGCUGCAUUCGCUGACGGCCUUUUUGGGCAUACGAGACGUCACGUCACAGGUCGCCAACAUUGAGGAGUCGAUUGCGUCGACAGUCCUUCUCAUGACUACGGAUGGAAACAGCAUGGUUCGCCGAGAAUUGUUGAUAUUCUUCUCAACAUUCAUCGCACGCUACAAAACGCGCUUCAUCGUCACAGCAUUCGAGCACUUUUCGGAAGAGAAAAACAGUGAUAUCCUGGCACAAAUGGAACACAGGAACGGUGACGGGCUAUACAUGAAGAUGCGUGCGACCGCCAACGGGUCUUCGGGCCCAUCGAAUGCUUGUUCGCAGAACACAGUCUACUCUGCCAUCUGGAACGAGAUGUUGGUCAUGUCUGUCGACCCCUACCCUGAGAUCGCCAAGGACGCCGGGAUAGUGGUUGACUACGUUCUGGUCGCUCUACUCGAAUCGUCGCUCGGGCGCUUUGCGCAACCCCACUUCAACGUUACGUUGAAGAAGAACUCCGCGGCUCGCCCUGCGCGUCGCGUGCCGGAAGAGAAGCCACUUCAGCAACUCGCCCAAACGCCACCCACACCAUCGAAAGAGACCAGCUACCUGUCUCUCUUUGGUGGCAUGCGCAAGUCGACUGCCUCGCUAAAGAGCCUUUGGUCUGGUCACGACUCAUCCACCUCGCCUCAGAAGCCGACUGCGAGGGGAAAGAUGGAUGAAUCCGAUGCUCCGCUUACGGAAGCACGCCCUGGCACACCUGAAAAGUACCACGUCGAAGAAGAGCCCAAGUCGAGAGGAUUCAGGCCUCGAUCUCUGUCGGAGAAGCCGCAGCUGCCGCUUAAGAGUGUAUUCUUUGAGUGGUCUGUCGAGUACUUCCGCGAGCCUCAGAUGAAGCCCACAGAGGCGGACGAGCCAGGUAGCACCGACUACAACGGGCGACUUUGGCGAAGAAACCGUAAUGAUAAGAUCAUUGCCGAGACGCAGCCCCUCAAGGAUGUUGCAGUCUCGAAUCGAUGGGAUGUACCACGCGGCUACUUUGACAACCUUAGUCAGCCCAUGAAGAUGACCUUUCACCAGUUCGAGGACCACCUCGUCGUCACCGACAGCUGGAACACGGUCAAUGUCAUCGACUACUCCGAAGCCGUGAGGAGGAUCAACAGCUUCUCAAACGGCAACCCGAUGGACUCGAGAAUCACAGAUGUUCGGUUCAUCAACGAGGACGAUCAGGCGUUGCUGAUGACCGGAUCUUCAGACGGGGUUAUCAAAAUCUUCCGCAAUUACGACUCCAAGGGAAAGACGGAGCUCGUGACGGGAUUCCGGGCUCUCACUGAUCUUGUGCCCAGCAACAAGAACGCAGGACUUGUCUUCGACUGGCAGCAGGGUAGGGGCCUGGUGCUGGUGGCUGGAGAUGUCAAAGUGAUCAGAGUCUGGAAUUCCGCCACCGAAGUCUGCGUCAGCGACAUUCCUGCACGAUCGGGAUCAUGCAUUACCUCCUUGACGUCUGAUCAAGUCGAGGGCGACGUCUUCGUUGCCGGGUUCGGUGAUGGUGCCAUUCGUGUGUACGAUCAACGCCAGAAACCUGCAACUGCCAUGGUGAAGGUCUGGAAAGAACACAAGCAGUGGGUUACAAAUGUACACUUGCAGCGCGGCGGUCAACGAGAACUCGUGAGCGGCUGUCGAAGUGGAGAGGUGAAGCUGUGGGACAUACGAAUGGACCGCAGCGUGAAGACCAUCCAGGCGACAACAGACCACCUGCGUACACUCAGCGUCCACGAGCACGCGCCGGUCUUUGCCACUGGAACCCAGAAGCACCGCGUAAAGGUCUUCAACAUCAACAACGGGAAGCUCGUGUCAAAUUUCGAGCCCUACUCUGGCUUCCUGCGCGACCGAUCUGCCCCAAUCACUACCACGGCUUUCCACCCGCACCGACUCAUGAUCGCUGCUGCCGCUCUGCACGACAAUCACGUCAACAUUUUCUCGUGCCACGAGCCCAAGAACCCCAUCUUGAAGACGGUGAAAUUGUGGGACGGCGGUGCUGGCACUAUCGCUUCGAGUCGGGCUUCUUUACACGGAUAG